UCUGAAGUCCUGGGUCUGAGAGAGGAGGGAAAUGGGGGUGUGGACUCCUGGGUCUGAAAGAGGAGGGGGCUGGCGGCUUCCCAGACCGCCAAGGUGGAAGGGUGAUCCAGCUGGAGCAUGGCCCACCCCACCCCUCACGCGCUCUUGUUAUCUCGCAUCCUGGGCUGGGGGAGGAGGUGACAGCAGUAUAUUUAGUCUCAGUCCACGCCCCUUAUCUCAGUGUCCCCAGCGAAGCUUGAGCAGCCAAGACGAGACCAAAGCCCCGAGGGCCUUCAAGGUCACCCCUGACGCCCCCUCACUGACCCUCCAAGCUCCCCUUGCCCCUUCUCUGCCUCUUGCAACCCCUGGCCUGCGUCUCAGCAUGGCGGACGAGUGCCCAAGCCCCGCUCCGGCCCCGAUCCGACGCAGGUCCUCGGCCAACUACCGCGCGUAUGCGACGGAGCCUCACGCCAAGAAAAAGUCCAAGAUCUCCGCCUCGAGGAAACUGCAGCUGAAGACCCUGAUGCUGCAGAUUGCGAAGCAAGAGCUGGAGCGGGAGGCGGAGGAGCGGCGCGGAGAGAAGGGGCGCGCUCUGAGCACGCGGUGCCAGCCCCUGGAGUUGGCCGGGCUGGGCUUCGCCGAGCUGCAGGACUUGUGCCGACAACUCCACGCCCGCGUGGACAAAGUGGAUGAAGAGAGAUACGACGUGGAGGCGAAAGUCACCAAGAACAUCACGGAGAUCGCAGAUCUGACCCAGAAGAUCUUUGACCUUCGGGGCAAAUUCAAGCGGCCCACCCUGCGGAGGGUGAGGAUCUCUGCGGAUGCCAUGAUGCAGGCACUGUUGGGCGCCAGGGCUAAGGAGACCUUAGACCUGCGGGCCCACCUCAAGCAGGUGAAGAAGGAGGACACAGAGAAGGAAAACCGGGAGGUGGGAGACUGGCGUAAGAACAUCGAUGCACUGAGUGGAAUGGAGGGCCGCAAGAAAAAGUUUGAAGGCUGAGCCGGCCUGCCGCCUGUCCUAGCCCUGAAGAAUAAAGCUUCUCUCUGAGCUAGGA